AUUUAACUCUACAAUUAAAUUUUAUUUAUUUAUUUAUUCAUUUAUUUAUAUUUAUAGAUUAUUUUCAAAAUUAAAUAAUAAUAUUAAUAAAAACAUUUUGUUUCACUUUGUACCAUCAUCAAAAUAAUAAAAUUAAAUACAAUCAAUUACCCAAAUUAAUUAAAAUAUAAUAAUAUUAAUACUUUAAUACCAUAUAUUAUUAAUAACAACAGAUAUUAAUAACUAUUAUUUUGAUAAUAUAUAUUUAUUUUGUGCGUAAAAAAAAAUAAUCAACAUAAUAUAAUAAAAAAAAAUAUAAAAUAUCAUAACUCAUAAUAAUAAUAUUAAUAAAAAAGAAAACAAUAUGAUGUAAUUUAAACCUUUUACGAUUGUGUAAUUUUAUAAUAUAAAAAUCAUUUUAAACAGAAUAUCUCAAUUUUAUUUAUUUAUAUCUUUUUUUUUUUUUUUUUCUUACUUGUAAUUUUUUUGUAUUUCUAAUAUUUCCAAAGACAAUUAAUUAAAACUAUAUUUAUAAUAAUUAUCUGCAUACCUUAAAAAAACCAUUUUCAAUUAAACACCAUUAUUAUAAAAUAUUAUAUAAUAUUAUAUAACCCCUAAAAACUUUUUUCAAUCGUAAAUUCAAUUAUUUACUUUUCUAAAAAAAAAUUAAUUAAUCUUUUUUUUUAAUAAAAACAUUCAAAUCGAAAAUAUCAAUAAAAUACCAAUAAAAUGUAUAAAUAUGAAAAAAUCAAAUUAAUUGGGUCCGGCGGUGAGGGAAAAGCACAUGUUGUAAAGAAAAUAGAUAGUGGUAAACAGUAUGUAAUGAAGCAAAGGGAUUUCUUACUAUUGGAUGAAGCUAGUGAAGGUUUAAAUGAAGCAAUGCAAUUAGCAAAAAUUAGUAGUAACAGUCCCAAUAUUGUAAAAUUUGAAGAAGUUUUUAUUAAUCAAAAUAAUAGUUUAUUUAGCCUAUGUAUAGUAAUGGAAUAUUGCGAAGGAGGUGACUUAAUGAACAAUAUGAUUUGUCGUGUUUCAGAAUUAUUCAAAAGCAAUAAUGAGAACAACAACAGCAAAACAAAUUCACUAUCGUCAUCGAAUGGUUUAAAUAUGAGCACCUUAAAUGUACUUAAAAUGUAUGAAGAUUUUUUUUCAAGAUAUUUACCAAACUAUAUUAGCGCAACUGAAAAUGUUAUUACACCACACAGUUUAAAUGAUAUCUCAAACAAAAAUAACAGCCUUCUUUUAAUGGAGUCAAAUAGAUCAUCAAUGGACUUUUCUUCAGAUGACUCAUGUUUACAGGCCCAAUCUUUUUCAUCAGGAACAAGAAGCAGAACAUUAUCAUUUUCAUCAAAACCAAUUUCAAACAGCACACCUCAACUACAACAUGAACUUUUAUAUAAUUCCCCAUCUCCUAUUUCAAAACCAGGUGUAAAUUGUGUAAACUUAAGAACAUCAUCGUCUUUUGAAAUAUCACCUAUCAAAUCAGACUCAAAAAUAACUUCACCAAUACAAAAAAACAAUAUUCCAUCCCCAUGUUCAUCUGGCCCAACAUCCCCACAAAAUAAAGUUAUAAAAUCAAAUGAUAAACAAAAUAUAUCAACCGAAUCAUCGUCAAAGAACACCCCCCAAUCAAACACAGAUAAAAAGAAAACAUGGUGGAAAACUUUUAAAAAAGAAAGAUCUCAAAGCACAUUCAACUUAUUUGAAAAAGCAUUUACUUUAAAGAGUAAAAGAACUUCAACACCACCCCAACAAGUCAACCUACAAACUCUAUUUAAUACCCAGCAAUCAGAUAAUGUAUGUCAAAUCCAAUCAUCAAACUCUUCUAUUUCAUUAAAAAUACCCAGAAUACCAAAGCGAUUGUUAUACAGUUGGAUUUUUCAAAUAUGCUUAGGUGUUCAAUCAAUACAUAAAGCCCAUUUAGUUCAUAGAGAUUUAAAGAGCGAAAAUAUAUUUUUAACAGAAUCUCAAAUCAUUAAAAUUGGGGACUUUGGGUUAGCUACAAAAUAUGAAAAUCAUAUUAGAGGUGUUGCUGGAACUUACUAUUAUUCAUCCCCAGAGGUCAUUCAAAAUAUUUCAUAUUCUAGACCUGCCGAUAUUUUUUCAUUAGGUUGUAUUUUCUAUGAAAUGUGCACAUUACACCUAUUACCAGUUACAAAGAGAUGUAUAGCAGAAGAAUUAAUAGAAAAAAGAUUUGACAGAAAAGUUUUUAAAGAAGAUUUCGAUGAAGAGGAUGAACAACUUGCAGAUUUGAUUUUAGAAAUGCUCAGUGUUGAUCCAAAUAUUAGACCAACAAUAGACUCGAUUGUAUUCAACAAAGUAUUCGAUAAAUUAAAAGAUCCAUGCUCAGUAGUGGGUAUGAGUAAUGGAACCAAUACGGCUCAAAACAAUAAUAAAAGAGAAACCCCUUUACAAAGAAACAAAAGUAUUAUGCAAGAUUUAUUAAUUUCAAAUGAUGUUUCUUCGGCAAGCGAAAUGAAUCAACAAAGACAAGGGAUAACAAGAAGACAACUAGAUAAAAGUGAACUAAACAGAGCUGGUGAAAUUUUAGCAGAAUCAUUUAGUAACGACCCAAGAUUUUUAUUUGUAUGUGGAGCUACCAGUAAUAAACCAGAUAUAGUUAACAAAUCCACAGAAUUAGGACAUGCUUUAAGAAAAGAUUUCUUUAACAAAUGUAUUCGAUUAAUGUACCAAAACAAAUUUAUGCUUUGGGGAUGUUUUAACCAAGAAAAUCAAUUAAUAGGUGUAGCAUGUUGGCAAGCACCUGGUAAAAACAGUCCUUCUAUGGUUCAAAUAGUAAUACGAGUUAUUUCAUUAUUACCCAAGUUUGGAUUUAGAGUAAUGAGAAGAAUUGGAAAACUAAUGUCAGGUAUGGAAAGCGCAAUGCGAAAUAGCGAGACCCAGGUCAAUGAACCAGCCAAUGAUAUCUACUAUUUACCAUAUGUAGGUGUAUCUAGAGAUUAUAGAAGCCAAGGUGUUGGAGACUAUUUACUUAAACCGGUAAUAGAAUGGGCAGAACAUCAAGGUAAAAAAGUUAAAACAAUAUCAUUUUCUGAAAAACAAAUCAACUUUUUCAACAAAACUGGUUUUACAGUUUGCCACACAGAACCCGUAUCAAACCUAAAGGGAAUAAACUCCAUUUAUGUAUUAUCAAAAAAUCCUUAAAAAUUAGGGAUAUAUUUUAAUAAAAAUUUAUAAAAAAACCUAUUUAUUUUUUAC